AUGGUGAAAAAGGCCUUGAAUCCACUGAAAAUCGAUUAUGAAAAGUGCAUAAUCGAAGACCGUCUGCUUCAGAUCAGAAGUAAGCAGAAUUGGAAUGAACCUGAUCUUGCUCGCGUAUGGACAAUUGAGAUUGAGGCCAGAAGCUCCAAGCCGAUCAUAGACUUCAUUCGCCGGAGGCUUCAGCCAGAUGAUCCUCUCACAUUCACGCAUAUCAAAAGAAUCAGGAAAAAAGCCGGGGACCCGAAAAAGCUUGUAAUCAUUAUUUGUUCUUAUGACUUGUUCAACAGCAGAUCGUUAGUGUACUCUGUGCUGGCCGAAAGUAACGUAUUGUUUGAGAAUUUGAGCGACGAAAACGAGGUACCUCGUCAAGGAGCUCCAACAAAGGAAUUGAUGCUUGAAUGGUCUCGGAAAUAUUGGCCGCUGACGUGGUGUGGAAAUCCCAACGAUCAAAUUCUCAACGAUUACACGUUCGAUAUGAGCCACAUCAACAAAAUGCUUGGUAGUAUAUCAGAUUUGGCGCAACUGGAGGCCGAUAAGGGCAAUAAGGUUCCCAUUGUAACUGCAUUUGUCAAUCCCCAGGAGAAAGAUAACCCAAUUUAUGCGAUCGAUCGACGAACGGAAAACAAAUGCACAUCUUUGGACCACAGCAUUAUGACAGGAAUUAAACUGGUUGCAGAGAAGGAAAAAAUGUCAGAUGCGCCGAGUGGAACUGGAGCAUACCUUUGUCUCAAUUAUGAUGUCUACACAACUCACGAACCAUGUUCCAUGUGCUCGAUGGCACUAAUUCACUCAAGGAUUAAACGGUGCAUAUUCCUGCAGCCCAUGCAGGUCACCGGCUGCUUGAAAAGCAGUAGCGGCGAUGCUUAUAGCAUGCAUGACAACCAUCUGCUGAACUCUAAGUACGAAGUUUUCCAGUGGCUGGGCGACGAAUACAAAAGCCCGGGGGUCGAUGCAGAAACCUGCUGUUAA